UGUCUGUCUGUCUCUCUCCACACCUAGAUCCAUGCCUUCUCCUCCCAAUCCUCAAAACCCUAGGGCAGUACCUCUCCUGGGCUUUGCUCAAAAUCCAGUCUUUCGGUCGCACGCGCGCUCUCUCCGUUUGGCGAGUUGAUGGGUUGGACGGACAGCUGCGCUGGAAUGCGAGUAGCCACCGUCGAGUCGCGGUCCUACUGCUCUGGAAUGUCUGUUUCCAGCUGAGGCGUUCAUUUUAGUCGUCACAGUGAUUGUUUUCGGAUUUUGGGUUGGGCGCUUCGUAGUUUGAUUCGGGUGAUAUUGCAAGUCUUGUAGCAAAGUGCGGUUCGUUUUACUGGAUAUGCAUUGGUCAUUUUGCGCGGCUCUCCUGCAAUUCAGCCGAAUUCCGUAAACUGGUAGCACAGAUUUAAGGCUUCGGGGUUCCGUUACUUCGAUUUGGAGGUCUUGAUUUUCAGCGGAAGGGUGCAUUGUCAUGUUAGUUUGGCGACAGAUGGUCCUGAAAUGCGACCAGGUAGAUAAUUGUUUAUAGCUGGUGCAUUCACUUCGCCAGCUCCUGUACAAUUUUACUUGAGUGAAAUUGUGUUUGUAACAGAAGAUGAUUUAAAUUGCCACUUCGGGGCUAACUAUUGAUUGGGAAGAGGGGUGCUGUUGGGGGUGCUUUUGGUGCGUAAUGGGUUGCAUUUGCGGCAAGCCAUCUUCCAUUGAUGAUAGUAAGGAGAGCCCUCGGGAACGGUUAUCCGGCAAAACAUCAUCGGACUUGCGGGUGUCGAGGACAGUUUUGCCAAGGAGGGAGGAAGGUUAUCAUCGAGUAAAGGACAGAUACAGUAGUGGCGAUGAUGGCAGAGCAAUAUCAGUUGACAAGCAAAUAAAUGGGUCUUUGAGGCUGCAGGCUCAUAAUCUCGAGAGAAGCAGGGAGAAGAUGGAGCACAUCGUUGCUCAACAUCCUUCUACAGGCAGCAUUCCAAAGGCUAUGGAAGGAGAGCAAGUUGCGGCAGGGUGGCCACCUUGGCUCGCCGCAGUAGCUGGAGAGGCUAUCAGGGGCUGGGUGCCACGAAGGGCUGAUUCUUUUGAGAAGCUGGAUAAAAUUGGACAAGGAACGUACAGUAAUGUUUACCGAGCUCGUGAUCUUGAUCAGAGGAAAAUUGUGGCACUGAAGAAAGUGAGAUUUGAUAAUCUAGAGCCCGAAAGCGUCCGCUUUAUGGCAAGAGAAAUCCAUAUUCUCCGCAGGCUUGAUCAUCCGAAUGUGAUCAAACUGGAAGGUUUAGUUACGUCAAGGAUGUCCUGUAGCUUAUACCUUGUCUUUGAGUAUAUGGAGCAUGAUUUGGCGGGUUUGGCUGCCCAUCCUGGUUUGAAAUUUACAGAAGCACAGGUCAAAUGUUACAUGCAGCAACUGUUACAUGGACUUGAUCAUUGUCAUAAUCGUGGAGUUUUACACCGAGACAUUAAAGGGUCGAACCUUCUUAUCGAUAACAAUGGCGUUUUGAAGAUUGCGGAUUUUGGCCUAGCUAGUUUUUAUGAUCCUCAUCAGAAUCAGCCCCUGACGAGCCGUGUGGUGACACUUUGGUAUCGGCCACCUGAGCUUCUGCUUGGAGCCACCUACUAUGGGACUGCUGUUGAUCUCUGGAGCACUGGCUGUAUACUUGCUGAGUUAUAUGCUGGCAAGCCUAUCAUGCCUGGAAGAACAGAGGUGGAGCAGCUGCAUAAAAUUUUCAAAUUGUGUGGCUCACCUUCCGAGGACUAUUGGAGAAAAUCUAAGUUGCCUCAUGCAACAAUCUUUAAGCCUCAGCAACCUUAUAGACGUUGUGUGGCAGAAACAUUUAAGGACUUUCCUGAAUCAGCUCUCGACCUUGUGGAGAAGCUACUUUCAAUAGAUCCUGCUGACCGUGGAAGUGCAGCUUCUGCACUCAAGAAUCAGUUCUUCACUACGAAACCACUUCCCUGCGAUCCUUCUAGUUUGCCGAAGUAUCCUCCCAGCAAAGAAUUUGACGCUAAAAUUCGGGAUGAGGAAGCAAGAAGACAAGGAGCUGCAGGAAAUAAGGGCCAAAGACUUGAUCACGAAAGAAGGGGAGGAAGGGAGUCACGAGCUGUCCCAGCACCUGAUGCCAAUGCUGAGUUAGUGGCGUCGAUGCAGAAGAGGCAAGUCCAAUCCAAUUCUAAGAGCCGAAGUGAGAAGUUCAACCCCCAUCCUGAAGAAGUUGCUUCUGGCUUCCCCAUCGAUCCACCAAGACCAUCACAAGUAGCAGAAAGUGGCAUUGAUUCUCAAGGACAUCCUCACAAGAGGGCCUCUCAUUCUGGGCCAUUGUCUCAGAGGGCUGCAUGGGCAAAGGAGGGAAAAAGACAUGAUGAUGCUUCAAAAAGUUUUGCUGGUGCUGACCACCAAGUCGUUGCAGGUAUAUCAACUGCAAGGAGGAGUUUCCUAUCGGAGGAUCGAAGAGAAAGGUCCGGCCCUUCACGUUCUGAAGUUCCCAAACUGAUUGGGAGGUUUCCAGGAUCCUUCAAGGAGGCCACUGAGUCCUUGAUCCAGCAGGAUCAGAAGAAUCACAUCCCAGCUUUAACUGGUUCACGCCAUAACGAAGAUGGAAGAACCAGUGACAAAGAUCCCAUUAUUCUCGGCUACGGGUCGAAGGGCCACAAAAUUCACUACUCUGGGCCAUUGCUAGUACCGUCAGGCAAUACGGACCAGAUGCUGAGAGAUCAUGAUCGCCACAUCCAAGAGGCUUCCAGAAGAGCACGUAUAGACAAGGCAAAGGCCAGAAAGAUUCAAGUCGAUGGGAAUCAGAUAUUGGCCAGUUCGUUAUUUGUUUCUGGUCGUUAAUUUGGACAGGUUUUAGCAGUCAAUAACGAGAAGCAUUAUCUUAGGUUGCUGAAGUAUCAGAUUAGAAGUUUUUUUGUAAAUGUGUUCGUGCAUAUAUGUUCUCGGGCUAUUUUUGGUUCGAAUAGUAGCCGAGAAAUCUGUAUUGCUGUUUAACACGUGUAAUCUCAUUCUACUCCGUGAUUGUAACAUCCUCCAGAUAAUUCAUUCUUGUAGAGAGAUUGGCAGCCAUAAGCUGCGUAGCUUUGUAUCUAUAUGGUUCGCAGAACUUGGCCCUCA